AUGGGUCUACUUUCAGUCGAGCAAAAGUACAACAUCAUACUGAUGGCCGAGAGGCACCCUAAGUGGACCCAGUUGGAGCUAGCUCGUUGGGCUUACGAGGCAUACCAGCUAUCGAGCUGCCCCUCUCAAGGAACCAUUUCGCGUCUCUUGGCCAGAAAAAGUGUCUUCAUGAACUCAAAAGAGCAUGAAAAAGACGCAAACAGAUUAAGAAAGCCCAAUAACAUAUUGGUUCGUCGCAUUCUGCAGGAAUGGGUUUCUCAAAGCAUUUGGAAUGGCAUACCGAUUUCGCCUCCUAUAAUCCAGGACACUGCACAGUCAGUAUGGCACCGAAUACCCGCAGAGCAUCGAGAAGGCAAUGGUUCUUUUAGCUACAAGUGGAUCACACACUUUCUUUCUAAGAUGGACGUCAAUGUUUCGAGUUUAGACGAAGAGCCACCCAAGCCGCCCAAAGUGUGGACGUUUGAGGAAAGGGGAACUCUAAAGGAAUUUCUUUGCAAAAUCCCUGCCAGAAAUUUGUUCACUUUAGAUGAAACUUUUCUUGCUUACAACCUGCCCCUCGACUAUGCACAAUAUGAGACAAACCAAGUGCAGAGAAGGAUAGAGGUUGUUACUGUCAUGCUUUGUGCCAACUUAGAUGGCUCCGAAAAAAUGAAUCCCUUGGUAAUAGGCAAGUACGAAAACUAUAGAAGUUUUCGUAAUCAUUUUUCAAGUGAGCCUCCUGAAGGUGCUUCCCAGUUAUCUUUGGGCAACAAGAUGGCCAAAAAGUUUUCGCUGACUUACUAUAACAACCGCAAGUCUUGGCUUACCAGUAACUUAUUUCAUGAUUGGCUGGUUUGGUGGGAUAAGCGGCUGGUGGUUGACAACCGAAAAAUUUACAUUGUGCUUGAUGACUCCUGUUCCCACCGCAUUAUCAAUCUACGGCUCAAGAACAUUAAGCUGAUAUAUACCUCAGCCAAUAGCAGAUUCUUGCCGUUCAAUUGGGGUGUCUUGGAUGAAUUCAAGACACACUACCGUGUUCAGCAGUACGAGGCUUUAACGGAACUACAAGAGAAAAUCGAAAAGAAAACAGGUCAAAAGAAGAUUCUGACGUAUGACCAAAGUCUCCUGAAAAUGUCGAAUGCAUUCAAACUUAUCAAGGUUGCAUGGGAUGCAAUACCCGCUGAUACAAUCAAAGCUAACUGGAAGAGUUCAGGUAUUUUACCUCAGCAUAUGAUCCAACUUGAUGAGAGUGUAAGUAUGGCGUUCAAGAAGAACGAGGCUCUAGAAAAAAAGCUUUAUGAGGUGAGUGAGAGGUUUCAUUGUAUGAAACAAUGGGACUACGACAUGCUGUUGGAUCUCAACAUCGAAAAUAAGAAUACGAAUUUUUUGAGUUCCGAAGAGUUAGUCCAAAGCGCUAUUGUGGACGAAUGGGAACCCGAAGAGAAACAGGUUUCUCUCGAAGAUGAUUAUGGUACCAACGGGUUUAGCUUAGAAGCCUUCGCUCAAGUUGGGGAGGUUGGAAACGACACAUUCGGGCAUGUUGAGCACUUAAGCCAUAACCCUACGGAAACACUUGAAAAAAACCUUCUUGUUAGUGAUGUUAUAGACAGACCAAGUGAGUUUUUCCCCAGCUCCGUGUUGCCCAUAAACGAUGAUCAACACAUAGAGAAUGUCACGGGUCCGCCGCGUUCCAACUCAACUCAGAUAUACCCCGCGGUAAGUGCCCCGCCCGCCGCCACUGGAUAUUUGGAUGACGUCUUCAGCACACUUCCACAUGAGCCUAGCUCUGCAAACCCUGCGACCUCAAUUAAUACACAUGUCUCGAGUACUUUGCCUGCAACUGACUCUCCCUCUCCAAAUGGAAUUCCUGCCGCGGACAUUUUAGGAAUUGAAACACCGGCUCUGAAUCUGGGAAAUGAGUUUGAUUUAGACUCUGUUAACGACUAUCUUGGUCAAUCUUCAAGCAAUCCGCAUGAGCCAACCUUUGGAAAUCAGCGGUUGGUGAUCUUGACUACUCUGCAAACGAACAUAGACAUCGCAAAAUCAAUGGGAAACAUUUUGAAGCAUGCUGAAUUUAGGGAAGUUGGGUUAUCUGAUAGGUCGCUCAACGAACUAAGAUUCAGCUAUAACAACUGCUUGAAGAAAAUUAGAAAAGCAAAGCAGGCUUUAAGUGGCGCUGACAAGAGACUCAGACAGCAGCGUCUAGAGCGCCAGAUAAUUAAUCAAGAGCAGUCUAUUGUAAGCACAGCUGCGUCACCGAGCUCAAAAAUACACCGCCCGGUUGGAAUUUCUCCUUCAUUAGAGAUCGAGAAUAGUAACUUCUUCACAAACUUUCCUUCAAAUGCGUCAUUAGAUAUACCGCCUCAUAUUCAAAGCGGAACCGAGAACUCAAGCACGCGGCGCUCAUCUUAA